AUGCUACAGCACUGGAUUCUAAUUAAUGACACUUACUUGAAGAAACAAGUGAAACUUCUUAAUGAUUUAUUAGAUAAAUCAGCAGACAUAAUUGAAGAAAAAUCGUUUAGACAAGUCUUAUUUAAUGUUGCACUAAAAGCUAAAGAUUAUCCUGCGCUGAAAAUUCUUGUUGAUCAUGUAUCUAACAAUAAUAUUACCGAAAUAAUCUACUAUAAAUUACUAUUUAAUUUAAUGAAUGGAAGCUAUUUUGAUCUUGUUGAAAAACUAUUAACGAAAUGUACUCAUUUUGAUAUUAAUAAGAUGAUGAUAAUGACAGAAGUUAAUUUGCUAAACUUAGCCAUUGAGAAGAGAUGUGAGACAGCUCUUUAUACGGCAUGCGAAGAAGGAUCUCUUUGUAUUGUGAAUUUUCUCUUGGAUAAUGGAGCAAAUUUCGACGUUAAAGUGAGUAAAGAAGGCAACAUUUAUUGUCCUAUCCAUAUUGCUAUUGAAAGUGGUCACCUAGACAUUGUUAAAGAACUUCUUGAUCGUGGAGAAGAUGCUAAUAAAAGCUGUAUACGUAACUCUGGACAGAAAUCGUCAUUCGGUCUCGCUUGUUACUAUAGACGUUUAAAUAUCGUUGAAUUGUUAGUCAAACGAGGUGUUGAUGUAAGCAUUAAUGUGAGCACUCGUGGAGCACUAGUUCUACAAGCAUUUCCUAUUGAUACAUACUGUAUUAAAAGUGAAGAAACUAACACCUUCAUUAAUCUCUUAGGACUAGAAAAUGUUCAGCUGGAUGUAAAAGAUCAAAACGGUCUAAAUUACAUUUACGCGGCUGUUUUUAAUCGAUACGCAACAGUCGACUUGGAGUUGCAGCAGUAA